UUAAACCAAACACACAGUUCAAAAAUAUACAAUCGACAAUGUAUCGUUCAGCCUACCAAAAAGGUUUCCUUACCGUGCUUUAUAGCGUGGGCAGUUCGCCCCUGAAUAACUGGUCCUCCUAUACCAAAAACGGGUACAUCAAGCGAAUCUACGAUGAGGACAUCAAGUCCCUAGUGCUCGAGAUCAUGGGCUCAAAUGUGUCCACUACUUUUAUACACUGCCCCAGCGAAUGCAAGGAGCAGCUGGGCAUCAAGCUGCCCUUCCUCGUACUCCUGAUAAAGAACAUGCACAAGUACUUCUGCUUCGAAGUUAAGAUUCAAGACGAUCAGCGCUUCAUGCGCCGCUUCCGGGUGUCCAAUUUCCAGAGCAAGACCUCUGUGAAGCCCUUUUGCACGGCCAUGCCGAUGGGCAUGUCUCCAGGCUGGAACCAGAUCCAGUUCAACCUGGCCGACUUCACGCGACGUGCUUAUGGGUCCAAUUAUCUGGAGACCGUCUCCUUGCAGCUGCAUGCCAACGUUCGUAUCCGGCGCAUUUACUUCGCCGAUAAGCUCUACACAGAGGCAGAGUUGCCCAACGACUACCGUCUAAUGGGCAAGCCAAAGGACCUGAAGAAACCGGAGAAGCAGUUCAAGGUGCAGGCCACUGCGCGUCCUCCGUCACCUUUGAACACGGGCCGCGGGGAAGCUGGCCCCUCCAAAGACACGGAACCAGAGGCAACGGAACCUAUGAGUGAGCCGGAGCCUGUGCUGCAGAAGUCUCCGUCGCCACCUGUUCCACAGAAGGCUCCGUCGCCAACAGCUUCCGCUCCACCAGAGCCAGCCACCGAGGAACCUGCUCCCCAAACGGAGGCCACUGAAGAGGCCUACUAUUAAGUUACGUUUCAUAAUUGCUUGUUUUUAUCAUUCUGUUGACACGCGACUGGGAGUGGCACAUGUUUUAAAUUUCCAGUCAUAGCAAUCAUAA